AUGUCCUUCAAUGUACUAUCACUUUCCUACCUUCUAAUUCCAUUUAUACCUGUCGUUCUUCCGUGCCUUGCAAAUGGUGUAUGCGGUCCAGGCAUUGGUGGAAUUGGCGGUUGUCAUCCUCAGAUUCAACCGCUCCAAUCGACAUGUCAACCACCCUGUGCCCCAGGCACUCACUGCGGUCCAUAUGGUUGUACACAAUUUCGAGCACGAGCUCGUAGCGCAAAUGUUUUCAAACCAAAUAUGGAGAACAAAGAAUCAAAAAGCCCUAAUCAAUUGUUCAUGGAAUGCUGUAAAAGAAGAGGACUUCCAGAAGCUUGCUUGCAAAAAUGUUCCAUUCAGGAUUACACCAAAGAUGCGUUGAUAAACAUGUACUUUAAUCGUGAUCCUUGUCCUGUAUCGGCCGUUGCUGAAAUACAAUUCUGUGCUGCACAGGGACGCGAUCAUCGUCAGUGUUGUGCUCGAAAUGGAGUUGGAACAACAUUAGCCGGCGAGAAAUGCUUAAUAUUCUGUGAUCAACGCCCAGGCAACAUCACACAGCUCGAUUAUAGCUAUUUCAUUUGCUACGAUCGUUUUGAGAGUAUUAAAAGCUGCUUCGUGCACGAUAUGAUGGCGCAAGAUUCAUUGCAACGAUUUUCACGGCAUUUUUAA